AUGAAGUCCUCUACGUUGCUAUCUAUUGAUGCUUUUUCAAGAGCUCAGGAUGAUAUCAGAAUAAGAACAAAAUCAGGUGCGAUUAUUACUAUUUCAUGCAUCGCUGUCACUGUAAUACUUUUGAUCAAUCAAUGGCUACAAUUUCAAUACUCCAUUUCCACUAUAACAAAUUUAGUAGUCGAUAGAGAGAGGAAUUUAAAAUUAAACUUAGAUUUCGACAUCACUUUCACUAAUUUACCAUGUAACCUAAUCAAUAUAGAUAUUUUAGAUGAUGCCAGUUUUCUACAAUCAAUAAUAGAUCCUGAUUCGAGCAGUUUCACAAAAAUUAGAAUCGAUAGGUCUAGUGGCAAGCCAAUCUCAUCUAGUGAAUUCAAUUUAAAUGAAAAAACUUACGAAUAUCCACCGGAUGACGAAAACUACUGUGGUCCUUGUUACGGUGCUAAAGAUCAAUCAAUAAAUGACAAAGAAGGUAUCAAAAAAGAAGACAGAGUCUGUUGCCAAACUUGUAGUGAUGUUAAAAACAGUUAUUUGGAUGCAGGAUGGGCUUUCUUUGACGGUAAAAAUAUUGAACAAUGUGAAAGAGAAGGAUAUAUUGAAAAAAUCAACAGUCAGUUAAAUGAAGGCUGUCAAAUUAAGGGCUCUAAUGUUUUGAUUAAUAGGGUAAAUGGUAACUUGCAUUUUGCACCCGGCGAGGCCUAUCAUAACCCAAAUGGUCAUUAUCAUGAUACCUCUUUUUACGAUUUAAAACCACAAUUGAAUUUUAAUCAUAUUAUAAACCAUUUUUCAUUCGGUAAUGGUGCUGUUGAUAGAGAUGCUACACACGACACAACUUUGAUGAACAGUCCAUUAGAUGGUACGCAGGUACUUCCAGAAUAUGAUUCUCAUGCCUAUGCUUUCACUUACUUCAAUAAAAUUGUUUCAACAAGGUAUGAAUAUUUGGAAAGAGAUCCACUUGAAACAGUCCAAUUUACAUCGAUGUUCCACGAUAGACAAAUAAAUGGAGGAAAUGAUAUCCAUGAUGAAAAAAUUAAGCAUGCUAGAGGUGGUAUCCCGGGACUAUUCAUAUAUUUUGAUAUCUCCCCAAUGAAAAUUAUAAAUAAAGAACAGCAUACAGUUAAUUGGUCCACUUUCGUAUUGAAUUGUAUCACAAGUAUCGGUGGUAUCCUUGCAGUAGGAACUGUCAUAGAUAAAAUCUUCUACAAAACACAGAGAACUUUUUUCACCAGUGAGAAUAAAAAGGAAUAA